AUGGCGGCGGCGCGCACGGCAGCGUUGGGGAAUUGGAAAUCCACGCCGCGCCACGUGUACAGCUCCUGCAGGCGCGUCAGGGCGCUGGCAGGCGCCGCCCCCAACGCCAACAGCAGCGACAGGAACAGCGGCAGGAGCAGCGGCGGCGGCGGCGACGACGACAUGGCGCUGCAGGACAACCACACGCUGUGCACUCGCGCCAAACGACACAGCGGCACUGUGGAAGACGGUAGCUGA